UAAAUGAGAACAUCACAAACACACACCGGUCAUGAGCUGGGAGAAUUUUUGUUAACCAUUUAAGGAGAGCGAAUUAAAUCUUCGUCCUCUUCUGCGAGAAGAAGCAGAAGCAGAAGAACAAGAACAAGAAGAAGGAGAGGGAGAAGAAGACAGAGAUAGAGGAAGCUCUAUCACCUUUCCGCGCCUGUCGGAGCUCCGGGGCUGUGUUCACUGAGGCAGGCGGCACACUGGCUUGGCUGAGCCGUUUUGGCUCGCUGCCAGUUCUUCUUCUUCUUCUUCUCAAGCGCUCGCAGUGUUGAUAGCUGGGAAAUGAUGUCCAUUGUGGCCCUAUCCCGUACCACCAAGGAAACAUGAGCUGUUAUCACUCCCACACCGCAGUGCCUUGAUUUAUGUGGUGCAAAAAAAAGACAGUUUAACUGUCACACAGCAGCGUAUUAAUAAUUUUGAUUGAACAAUUAUUUGAAUGGUAUUUUCAAGUAGGUGAUUUAAUGUACAUCAAAACAGCUUUAUUUACAACCCCUGCUCAUAAUUUGCAAGACUGAGAAUGGAUUAAUAGAAAUUAACAACAAAUAUUCACUUCGGGCAGGAAAGAGUUACACUUGUGACGUCGCAGCCAGCUGACUGACCACGUGGUUUUGCGGAAGUAAGAUUACCAACAACUUGAGGAGAUCUUCUUGAAAGAAUGCUGCGCUGUUUUGCUUUGUUCAUCAUCUUUGGAUGUGUGAACAAAGUUACGUGUCUUCAGAGUUCAUGUGGGGCCGAGCAGGAAGGCGCCGCCCCGCAGGGAGCGGCGGGCUGCGGCUGCGGAAACCUAAAGAGAGCCGCCGUGGACCCUGCGGUGGAGCACGGGACAGUUUCAGUAGACUCAGCUGUCAAAUACUCCAAAGGCGCCAAUGAGAGGCCGCCUGAGGCUCAGGGAGGGGAGAGGACAAUGCAGAGCCAGAUGGUGCUGAUUUCUGGAGGAGAAUUCCUGAUGGGGACGGACAACCCAGGCAUCCCUGCAGAUGGAGAAGGCCCUCAGAGGGUGGUGCAUGUGGACUCCUUCAACAUGGACAUCCAGGAAGUCACUAACAGGCAGUUCCAGAGCUUUGUCAAUGCCACAGGAUAUGUUACUGAGGCAGAGAAAUUUGGAGACUCAUUUGUAUUUGAGGGACUUUUGACUGACACAGUCAAAAACCAAAUCACCCAAGCAGUGGCUGCUGCCCCCUGGUGGCUUCCAGUCAAAGGGGCACACUGGAGGCACCCUGAGGGUCCAGACUCCAACAUUGCAGACAGGCCGGACCAUCCUGUUCUACAUGUGUCCUGGGCAGAUGCUGUCGCCUACUGCUCCUGGGCCAACAAGAGACUUCCUACAGAGGCAGAAUGGGAGUAUGCCUGCAGGGGCGGCCUGAAAGACAGACUUUACCCCUGGGGAAACAAGUUGAACCCAAAUGGACAACACUAUGCCAACCUCUGGCAGGGGGAUUUCCCCAGCCAUAACUCUGGAGAGGAUGGAUACAUCAAAACCUCACCUGUGAUGUCUUUUCCCGCCAAUGGCUUUGGUCUGUAUGACAUGGUGGGGAAUGCUUGGGAAUGGACUUCAGACUGGUGGAAUGUGCAUCACACCACAGACCGGCAACACAACCCAAAAGGUCCUCCUUCAGGCACAGACAAGGUGAAGAAGGGGGGGUCAUACAUGUGCCACAAGUCUUAUUGUUACAGAUACCGAUGUGCGGCCCGAAGCCAGAACACUCCAGACAGCUCAGCCUCUAAUCUUGGUUUUCGCUGUGUCUCUCAGGAGCAACAGUGACCUGACCUGCUUGUCUUGCCUGCUCUCUGACCCCAGUGUUGGAGGCAGAGUAAAACCAUGAAAGCAGUAUUGAUAGUGAGGCUAUUUACGUGCCAUCGCAUUAGCUUGCAUCUGAAGGUGAUUUAAAAGAAGAAAAAAAGACAGAGGGCUUCAAACUGUUUGGAGUCAAGAAUGUCCUAUACUACUGCAAAUACUGUCAGCACUCCUAAAUACUAAAAGUUUAUUUUUUCAGACUUUUCAGACUUUUUCAUUCAAAAUGUAUAGAAACAUUCUCUUUACACCUCUGAGCACAAGUGGAGAGAGACCUGAGCAACUCAGCUCAUUGUUUCUGCUUGGGUCAAAGAACUUAUCAGUAGCAAAGAUCAAUGUGGAAAGAGAUCUGAAUUCAGUUGAAGUCAGUUCUUAAUGAACAUGACCUAAUGUACAGUAUAACAACACAGAGAUUGUUGUAAAAAUAUUUUUCUAGACAUUUUUUUGCAAGCUAUGAUAAGUCGGUGACAAAUGGAACCCUGAAUGAAACCAUUUGUCUUUCUCUUUGUGUGCGAGUGUGUGUGUGUGUGUGCGUGCAUGCGUGCGUGUGCACACGCGUGUGUGCUUGUGUUCAUGUAUGCAUCUUCAAAUUGAAAGUUUAUAUAUAUUAAUUUUAUUGUUUCAACAUUUCGACAUGUUUGCCCUAUUAUAUCCCUUAGUUUUACUUUGUGUGAAUUUUUCCAUAAUAAAAAGAGAAGCU